AUGUUCCGACAUAUACAUACACGGACCCGUCCGCACUUUGUCCAUGCGAAAGCUUUUAUCUCAACCUCCUCGUCUCUUCCAGCUCCCAUUGCUUCUGCUGUGAAUCAAGCUUCCGAGGUUUCCUUGACGCAAUCUGCUACCGACGAGAUGACUGCUUCUCAUUCACACCCACCGCUUCCUGCGUUGUCGGGUACGCAGCUCCGCGCAACUCAUCAUAUUCCUCAGCCUACUUAUGGGGCGCAAUCAGAAGGAACAUUCGAUACCGCCAACCCUCCCCAUAUCCGCAAAUAUCUACGCACCUACGGCCUUACUCCUCCUCGCGCCGAGACCUACGAGACGCAGAAAGCAAGAUGUCUGGCACAGCUUGCUUUGAAGCAGACUCCCAUUGAAAAGUACCUAUAUUUGAGUACGAUCCGUAAAAAUAAUGUUCACCUUUUCUACCGUCUAGUGACGGAUCAUAUUCGGGAAUUCACACCUUUAAUUUAUACACCUGUCGUGGGCGAGGCUUGCCAACGAUGGUCCGAAAUCUAUCAGCAACCAGAGGGAAUGUAUCUCAGCUACGAAGACAAAGGCAACCUUGCCGCCGUCAUUGCCAACUGGCCACAACCCAACGUUGAAAUCACAGUCAUAACCGAUGGAUCUCGUAUCCUCGGUCUUGGCGACCUCGGAAUUAAUGGUAUGGGUAUUCCCAUCGGUAAACUCUCUCUAUACACUGCAUGUGCUGGUAUUCGUCCCGAGGCCACUUUACCCUUGACCCUGGACUUGGGCACGAGCAACAAGGCCUUCCGGGAAGAUCCUCUUUACAUGGGUAGUCGUCGUGACAAGGUGUCGCCGGAAGAAGAGCAGGAAUUCCUUGAUGAGCUCAUGGCCGCUUUGACUGAACGAUGGCCUGGUAUCGUGAUUCAAUUUGAGGAUUUCAAGAACCCCUUUCCUGCCCUGCAGCGAUAUCGUCAUACAUACACCAGUUUUAAUGAUGAUAUCCAAGGAACUGGCGCCGUUAUUUUGGGCGGUGUAAUGAACGCCGUUAAGCGUUCGGGUGUCCACCCCAGGGAUCAGCGUGCCGUAUUCCUCGGUGCCGGUAGUGCCGGUGUAGGCGUCGCCAAACAGAUCGUCGACUACUUUGUGCGCGAAGGCCUGACCGAAGACGAGGCCAAAGCAUGCUUUUACCUAGUCGAUUCAAGGGGUCUCGUCACCGCAGACCGCGGCGACAGACUUGCCGACCACAAAAUCUACUUUGCGCGCAAGGACAACAACAGUCAACAAUGGAAAACCCUCGAAGAAGUCAUCGACCACGUCAAACCCACCAUGUUAAUCGGCCUCUCCACCAUCGGCGGCGUCUUCACCCCGGAAAUCCUCAAGAAAAUGGCCACCUUCAACGAACAACCCAUCAUCUUCCCCCUCUCCAACCCUUCUUCUCAAUCAGAAUGCGACCUCGAAACAGCAAUCAUCCACACCGACGGCCGCGCGCUUUUCGCCUCCGGCUCCCCCUUCCCACCAGUAACAUACACCAACACCGCCGGCGAAACAAAAAUCUAUUACGGCGGCCAAGGAAAUAAUAUGUACGUCUUCCCCGGUAUUGGUCUAGGAACAAUCCUCUCCAAAGCCGUCGAAGUCACAGAUAGCAUGAUCUACGCUUCCGGAGAAGCGCUUACAAAAUGCAUGCUCCCAGACGAAAUUGAGAAGGGAUUCUUGUACCCUGACAUCACACGCAUUCGCGAAGUCAGUGUUGUGGUAGCGCGGGAAGUCAUCCGAGCCGCGCAGGAAGCGCAGGUAGAUCGCGAAACUGCUAUUCGUGAUUUGAGUGAUAAUGAUUUGGAUGCUUGGAUUCGUGUGCGUAUGUAUAAUGCGCAUGCUGAAGUGGCCUCUUUGGAACGUGAGGUUGGUGCGUUGUUGUCGUCGAUUGGGCGUCCGUUUCCGGCUGGGAAUGCGUAUUUUGGGAGUUCUGAGGCAGGGGACGAUAAGAACGCAAAACUAUAA